AUGGACUACACUUUAUACAGCAGUUCAGACAUGAAUCGAAAGAAUGUUGUCUAUAUCAAAGAUAUCAAUCUAAAUUCUCAAGAACACAAUCUUCAGGAAGAAAGAUUAUAUAACAUUUCGAAAACAAAAUUUUCAUUAGUUGUUUUAAACAAUAUUGACAACACAGGAAGGUUCGGGAUUUACAGUUGCAAAUUUUCAUCAUCUUUAGUUACAACAGAAGGAUUAACAACAGGAUUAUUCUUCGGAAGUAUUGAGCACUCAAUUUCACCAAAUAUCCAAGUGAAGAAUCUCCACAUUGUCAACUUCAAUAAACACUCUUUGAACAUUUCUAACACGGAAGAUACAAUAAUUGACUUCCCCACUAAGGAAGGAUUCAAAUCUACAAUUAUCAUCUUCAACAAACAAUAUUUUAUAAAUCAAAAUGAAGUUUAUGAUAUUCAACGGCCAUUGUUAGUUCGAUCUUUAUCUGGAUAUCACACAUUGUAUUUCAAGUUGAUUCUAGUUGAACUAGGUUGCAAGAAUUCAUAUAUCAUCAAUGGUAAUGGUACAUCAUAUUUUGUAAAUCUUCAGCAGACAGAAGGCUUGAUUUGCAUGCACUUCGUUUCAUACUCCGAUUCUCGUAUAACUGUUUUCAAUCCGAAAGAUGUUGAAUUCAUCAAAUACGGAAAUAAUUACAUGAUCGAAAAUUCAAAUUCGAUUGAACGAGGUGUCACACUUCGGAUCAAUAACACUCAGCGGAUCAAUUCAUUAGCUGGAGUUGCAAGCAUCGAAGCUAAAGAAAUAAAUCCAGAAGAAUUCUCAAAGGGAAUAUUUAACAAACAAUAUGAUAUUUUAAUUUUCCCGAAGACAACAAUAUAUGAAUCAAAAGAAGGGCUGAAUCAAAUUGACAUUCAAAAAGAUGAACUUGUAAUUCUAUCAUCAGACUGCGAAUAUAAUCAAAACAUGAUUAUUAACUUCAAAUCAACAAAUUCACUUAAAGAGAUCAACAUCAAUUUAGAACAAAAGAUAAGAAAUAAAAAAUUUGUUUACAUUCAAACAACAGCUGAGAAAUGUAUAAUAAGUUAUUAUUACUCAAAAUUUAAUAAUGACUGUUAUGCUUUCAACAUGGUGAUUGAUAAAAUUAAUCAACAGUAUUUCAUAAUUGCAGAACCAUACAAAAGAUAUUGCAUAACAAUGAUUUCAACAAAUGAAACAGAUAUGAUAUUUUAUUCAGAAGAUCAAUUUACGAAAAUUAAUUCAAUUAGAGAAUAUGAAAAGCAAAAAUUUAAAUACAUCGAAUUCAUAUCAAACAACGAGACUUAUAUCAUGAUCAAAGAGACAUCUAUCAUUGGAAAUGAAUAUAUAUCAAACUCUGACAAUAUUUACUCAGAGGGCAAACAACUUCAUGAAAUCAGUGACAAAUAUUACAUAGCACAACCAGGAUUUAAUAUUAUCUCAUUGAAUAAGGCGAAAAUUAUCUAUCCAAAAGUAAAUGGAUUCAGAGAUUUUGUUGCAUUCGACAAUCCAUCAAAUAUUUAUUUUAGUAAAAGUCAGGAAAGAGGUAUCAUUUCAGAAUUAGAUGAAACUUUAGAUGUUGAAACUCAAGAAUCAUCAAUUAAAUUUUAUUUAUUAAUUCUCCCAGAAGGUGAUUAUUCAUAUGACUUCUGCUUCAAACCUAUUUAUAAUCAAGUGUACUGGAACACAUCAAAUAUUGAAUCAAAUAAGAAACAUAUUUUGGUUUUGUUUGGAGAUCUUGAUUAUAAUAAUAAGAAAGUCAUCCGAACACCAGAAUUUCCGAAUGAUGAAACAUUUAAUGUAUAUGAAUCAUAUGUAUUCGGCUUCAAUAAAGCAGUGAUUACUGACACAUUGAAAACAUUUAGAACAAACCGUCUCAUAGUUGAGUAUAUUUCGUCUUCAACAAAAAGAGAAGGAAUUGUUGGAAUCUAUGAUAUUGGUUUUAUCUCAUCAAACUAUCGAUCUUAUGACACUAUCCUAUCUCUUGAGAAAACCCAUCAAUUUGAUGGAUUUAUCGAUCCAGUCAAAGUAUCAACACUAUCAGAGUUUAUUUAUGGUCCUAAUUUGUACCGAGAAUCGAAAUUUAAGACACUUGUAAUCACUUAUGAACAUGAUGACAAUUUCAAUCAUUUGCUUUACUUCAAUGAUGAAAAAAGUCUCAUGAAAUGUGAUCAUUCCCCAAUAUCGAAACUGAUUUAUUUCCAUAAAACAUUUGUCAUCAAAUCAUCUUUUGAUUAUUACAAUGAUGUAAUCUAUCAUCUUAAGGUUGACAAGGAUUGUGACACAGUUGAUUUUCUUUUCAAUCAAUAUGGAAAUCAUUUCACAGUUGAUCCUCUCCACUUUAAUCCGAAUAAGAAGCAUUGUAUUGCUACACUAACAAAAGAGAAAACAACAAUAACAUUAAUGAAACAUGAUUAUUCAGAUUCAAGCUACAGCAUGUUUUUCUCAGAAUCAUUCAACAUGGAUGAAUCGUUUGAGAUUAGUGAAACAAACCAUAAAAAUAAGUUUUAUUCAAUGAUAAAAAUUAUUAUAAAGGGAGACUGCAAUUUCCCAUAUUGCGGAGUUAUAUUCGAUGAAAAAUCAAGCUCAUUGGAGCCAAAAAUAUAUCAUGUCGAUGGAUUCAAUCAUCUGUUUGAAGAGAAAUCUCUUGUGCGACAGUUGCUUGUUUCACAAUUAGGAUAUAAUUCAUUUAAUCUUCAGAAUUAUGAAGCUACAACAAUCAGAGUUGCCAAAUCAGAUAAAUUCAAUACAUUUGUUAUCUUUCAUUCAAUUCAAUACAUCAAUGAAUCAUCAAGAAAAAUCAUUUCUACCAGUGUUAUGAAUCCUGAUAUUAUCUCUGUUUUCACCAACAAUUACAACAUUGAGUUCACAGUUUAUCAUUUAGCUAAAGAUUGUAUUAUAAAAUACAAUGUGAAUUAUUUCAAUGAUUUAUAUAUCACAAACACAGAUACAAAGGAAAAUAGUAAAUAUUGCAUCAUCCAUUUAGGAACAAGUGAAAUGACAACAGUUUUUUUCAAAGAUACAAAAACAUCUAAUUCGAAUUCGUUUUCAUAUUAUGAUUCAUUUUCUAUGGAUUCGACACCAAUAAUUAUCGAAGAUGGGUUUACAUCACUAAAAGCCAGGAAAUCUUUAAUUAUUGAAUAUAGAACCGGUGAAGGCAAUCCAUAUGGGCAUGUAGGUAUUUUGCACACAACUCCACGAUAUAUUUUUGAUAAAUUUGAAUAUCCAGGAAAAGUCAUAGAAACCGGAACGAACCAAAACACAAACUCUGACAACUCAAACGAUAGACUUCUUUUCAUUUCGGCGAAAUUUGGAAGAAAUACAGUAAAAGUUUCAAAACAUGAUGUGACAACAGUUAUUACUCCUAUCUCAUUUGGUAAAAACGUGCUUGUUGCUUUCUUGAAUAUCAAUGAAUUCGUUUUCCCAGGAAUGAGUGACAUCAAGGAGAUUAUUAUAUCACCAGGAUCAUUCAAAAUUAGGAGCAAACAAGAGAGCGGAAUUCUCGAAUUCGUUGUCUUUGCUCUUGAAAAUGAAGAAUCAACAUUAGAUUUCAUAAUUAACCAGGAUACGAAACAGUAUCUCAUCGAUGUUGGAUACAAAUAUUUCAUCUCAAGCCACUUGAUUGUUUUUAUUGGAUCAGAAAAUUAUAGCAUUACAUCAUUUAUCUCCUCUCCAAUCGCUAACAACGAAAACUUCCAGAUAGAAAUCUACAUGUCAUAUACAAUGAAUGAUGAACCAGAAGUAAUCAGAGAAUCAAAGUCGUUACAUAACAUCCAAUUUGCAGUUUUUAGAAUUAUUUCAAAUGAUGUUUAUAAGAACUCAUUAAUUGGAAUAUCAAGUAUCUCCACACAAAGACAAAUAAGUCAGUCUCACAUAAGUGGUAAUUUCUAUAUUUCCACAUAUCCACACAUAUUCAAGAAUGCAACAUCGCUUUCAUUAAACGUUUCACUCCGACCAGAGAUUUUAAAUCCCAGAGUUUCAAUAGUUAGCGAGAUGAGCACAGUCAAGAUCGGUCCAAAUACACUGAUCACAUUCGAUUCGGCAAUAAGCAAAGAUUAUUUCAUCACAGCAGCUUCUAAUGGAAUCAAGAUCAAUUUGACAGAGAAGAAGGCACAAGCAAUUAUUACAAAGAAAGAAACAGAGAUUAGUGUCGAAAUCAUCAAGAAUGACUCCAUCAGCAGGAUUCCUAUGAAUAUCUUCAAACUCGACUACCUCCAAGACAAAUGUAACGGAAUGGUUAUAUCUGGUGGAUCAGAAGACAUCACUUUCUGCAGCAAAAGCACCAGCCAAUCCAUGAAGUGCACAGAUGUUAUCUCGAAGGAGAACAAAACUUGUAUCUUCAAGUCAUUCAGUUCUAAAUACUCAAAGUCAGAUAUCAAAUCUAAUAAAAUUAACUUCGUCGAAAUUUUCACACCAGAUGGGACACCAAUCAAGAGAUCCAUGGAAGAUUCAAAUCUUUCAAUCAACUCAUACUUUGUUUCUGUUAUCAAUCCACCAGAAGACAUCGACCAACAAGAUUUCUUCUUCUCUGCUAAUAUGAAGAACCAAAACAACGAAAUCGAAUCUCCAUAUCGCAUUGAGAACGAUGAAAUAUACGAAUUCGAUGGCAAAUCCAAUUCUGGCGCUAUUGCCGGGGGGACACUAUUUUCAAUAUUCAUUAUUUUUGUUAUUGUUACAAUAGUUGUUAUUUAUAUACAAAAAAAGAGAGACCAAGUUGAAAGUGAUGAUUAUAGCAAUGAUAUUUCAGAUGCUUCAGUUCUCUAA